GUUAACGGCAAAGUGCCAAACAUCGUGAAGAAACCAGCGCAAGACUUUUCGCUGUGAGUCGUUGCGGAGGGGAACCCAGCUUAGACACAAUGGUGAGCUCUCUUUUGACCCCGUAUAUAAUAAUAAUCGCUGGCCACUCUAUCCUCUCCUUGCUUCCAUCAUCUACUACUCCACUACUACAUUACAUUCCAUUCCAUUCACUCAAGUCAUUGUGUGAACAUACCAAUCAUACCAUCAUCUCCAUUUCAUCAUCACCCAAUCUACAUACAGACAGACGACGACUGUUCUUUCAAUAAAUCAGCCUCUGUCUCUUUCUCUUUGUUCUACGUCACACACAUAUCAGAGACGAGGUACACAACCUAUCCAGUUCUCUACAACACCUCAAAUACCUCAAUCUCUCCCACACACGAAUACUCAAAUGCCAUUCCAAUACACCAUCACUGAGCCACACCCCACCGCCCGCAACUACAUCCACUCCGGCCGUGGUGGCGCCGGCAACACCUUCAGGGCCCCCAAGUCCAGCACCGGCCGCACAACACAGGCACCCGCAUCCCUCUUCGAAGCUGGUCUCCCCGAUACGAGCAUCAAGUUCAGCAGCGGGAGAGGCGGCGCUGGCAACAUCCACCUCAACGCCGAGAAGAAGGCCUUCUCCUUCGAUGAGGAACUAGAACGGCAACGCACCCGCGAGCAGAAGAUGAGGGACGGGGCUAUCUGCCACGUUGGUCGGGGAGGAGCUGGCAACUGGACCUCAACACAAGCCGGGUCUUCACGCAAGUACUCGACAUGCUCGACAGACUCCGAUGCCAGCAAUCGGAGUGGGUUCUUCAAUCGUCUCAGUCAGACAUUUUCGCGCUCUUGAACGAUCGGUUCCACUCCUCGAAACAUACAUAAUAAUCUCCUCUUCAGCGACUAUGUGUUCCUAUCUCGGUUUUCAGCAUGACAGGCGUCCGAGGCAAGCGGGCUGCU